AUGGAAAGUAUAAGAAAGCUUACAGAAGUAGUCAUUUCCACUAUUUUAAAAAGCGAAGACUUUACAGGAGUGGAAGGCAAAGCACUAGACUUUCUAACCACUACACUUCUCAACUACAUGAUCUACACAGGCAGUAGGCUCAAAAAGCAGUGCGAAAUAAGCAGGAGAACGUCCCCAACACUUGUUGAUGCUGGGUGCAUCAUACAAGAAAUAAACGCACAAGACUGCCAGCCCAGCGAAAGCACUCUCAUCUCGGCACUAGAGAAGUUCAACAGCAUGGAGCUAGAACAGAUAACAGCCGAGCUAGAAAGUGACCCUGCAGAUGAUCCUAAUGAGUUUAUAAGCGAGGCAUGCACAUAUGUAGACUGCCCGCAAAACUACUACGAAUUUCUCCCAAAGCUACCGCCUGCACACACGUUUAAAAACAGCUCUAUAAAGCGGAAAAUAACAGAUGACAGAGCGCAGAAGGCAAGAAUUCGGAAUGAGCAGAUAAAGCAGGUGGUGGAAAACCUCUUCUGCAUUAUGUUAAAGACAGGGCGAUCUCCUAAAUAUGCAAACUAUCUCAUGUAA